UCGCUCGCUUUCUAUUACCGAGUUUGUGUGGAAACUAGAGGGCUGUGCAAGAAGCGCUUAAAGAAUACGAACAAGUUGCAUCGGAGACAAUUACUGGGUUGGUUUCUUUUGACCAGGUGCCUUUUGAGUUAAAGCUACUGGUAUCACAAAACCUGCUCUUCAUUCUUCUAUUAAUGUUUAUCAGAGGUCUCAUUUAUCUCACAAAUUGCACAGAAGUCUGCUGCUCAAUGGAUUCACAUUUGAUUUGAUGAAUAUGUCCAACUUUAUGGAAAUGCAGAAAGUCGUAUGAAAACUAACGACAGGUGUUCUGACAGCUCAUUACAUUUUGAUGUUCGUUUCUCAAUUCAAAUAUUUCUUCAGCUAAAUAUUUUUUUAAACAGACCUAAAGGAGAAGCCAUGCAAUGAAGUCAGGACUGCAUUUAUCAAAAUCGCUUUCAAAUAAAUCUAUUAUUUCAAAUUGGAAAUAUUUCAGUAAAAACUGCCUUGUAUUUCAGAAAGGAUCCAUCCAAUUUCAGGAUCUCAAGUCAUAUUAAGAAAAAUGAUAAUAAUGUUUACCUCUUGCUGUUGAACAACUUUGGAAACACCAAGUAGUUAACUAUAAAAUUACUGCAUCUGUGUAUAAGGGACAUUUAUUUACUUUUUUUAAUCUGGACCUUAAAAAGACUUUAUUUGACAGCUGGUCUUUCCAACUGAAGACAUAGUAAAUCCAAGAUGAAUGAAAUUCAAGAUUUAGCAUCUCCAUCUGCACCUAUUGGAGUUGUUCCCACAGCUUGUGUUUGCAAAGUGGAACUUAGGGUCUCAUGUAAAUCAUUAUUAGAUCGGGAUACCUUAAACAAAUCUGAUCCAAGUGUGGUUCUGCUGGUGCAAGCUCAGGGGCAGUGGACAGAGAUUGACAGGACUGAAGUCAUCAAAAGUAACCUGCACCCUGUGUUCUCCAAAGUUUUUACACUGGAUUAUUACUUUGAAGAAGUGCAAAAACUUCGAUUUGAGGUGUACGACAUUCAUGGGCACUGCAGCAUUGGCACUCGUGACGAUGACUUCCUGGGAGGGAUGGAGUGCACCCUGGGCCAGAUUGUGGCCCAGAAGAAAAUGACAAAGCCGUUGUUCUUAAAAUAUGGAAAAUACGCAGGGAAAUCGACAAUAACAGUUAUCGCAGAAGAGAUUUCUGGGAACAAUGGCUAUGUUGAACUCUCAUUCUGUGCCAAAAAACUAGAUGAUAAGGAUCUCUUCAGCAAGUCUGAUCCAUUCCUGGAGAUUUACAGGAUGAAUGAUGAUGACAGUGAGCAACUUGUGUAUCGGACAGAGGUUGUUAAGAACAACCUGAACCCUGUCUGGGAGCCGUUUAAAGUCUCCCUGAACUCCCUGUGCAGCUGUGAUGAGAAUCGAAAACUUAAGUGUUUGGUGUGGGAUUAUGAUUCACGAGGAAAACAUGACUUCAUUGGUGAGUUUUAUGCCACCUUUGGGGAGAUGCAAAAGGUCAUGAGUGGUAACAAGGUCAGCUGGGACUGUGUCAAUCCAAAAUAUAAACUGAAGAAGAGGAACUACAAAAACUCUGGAGUGGUUAUUCUAACUGACCUGAAGCUUCACAGAGUAUACUCCUUUCUGGAUUACAUCAUGGGAGGAUGCCAGAUACAUUUUACAGUUGCCAUUGACUUCACAGCUUCUAAUGGGGAUCCUCGUAACAGUUGCUCUCUCCACUACAUCAAUCCCUACCAACCCAAUGAGUAUCUGAAAGCUUUGAUCGCAGUGGGGGAAAUCUGCCAGGACUAUGACAGUGAUAAAAGGUUCUCUGCUUUGGGAUUUGGUGCUAGAAUUCCUCCAAAUUAUGAGGUUUCCCAUGACUUUGCCAUCAAUUUCAACCUUGACGAUGAUGAAUGUGAAGGUAUCCAGGGGGUUGUGGAAUCAUACCAAAGCUGUCUGCCAAAAAUUCAGUUGUAUGGUCCAACAAACGUGGCGCCCAUUAUCAACAAAGUAGCCAGACUUGCAGCAGAAGAGGAAAAGACAAAGGAAGCCUCACAAUACUACAUCCUUCUCAUUUUAACAGACGGUGUGGUGACAGACAUGGCUGACACCCGUGAAGCCAUUGUGCGUGCAUCUUACCUGCCUAUGUCCAUCAUUAUUGUGGGUGUCGGCAAUGCAGACUUUACAGACAUGCAGAUUCUUGAUGGAGAUGAUGGAAUUCUGCGUUCACCAAAAGGAGAGCCGGUGCUCAGAGACAUUGUCCAGUUUGUUCCAUUUAGAGAUUUCAAAACAGCUUCCCCCGCUGCUCUGGCUAAAUGCGUCCUGGCUGAGGUCCCCAAGCAAGUGGUAGAGUACUACAGUUAUAAGGCCUUUCCCCCUAAAUGUCCAAUAAUGGAUUCCCCUAUAUCAACGGCAAACACUCCAGAGUAAACAUUUAUCAGAAGCUGAUGUGGAUUUCCAACCUGUGAUUUGGAUGGAGAAAAAAAAUUGUGUAGAGUGACAUGAAUGGUUUGGAGUCUGAUAAAUUAUAUACACUGUUUACAUUCUAGGAAAAGCAGGAUGAACACAAAUACUUCAUUUUUUAGUUUCAUUCCAAUUUUCCACAAUUGUGCAUAACACUGCAAAUAAAGUAAAUGUCAAUAUGCACUACAGUUUUAUUGAUUGUAAUGGACUAAACAUUUGCCUGCUGCAGUCUGGGUUCUCCUUUGUUCACAACUGCCAGGGGAUGCAUGUUAAAAAAGUGAGGCCCUGUGGACUUGGGUUUACUUGUGUUUUAUCUCCUACUGUUACUUUCAAUAGAAAGUAUAUGCUACAAGUUAACCAACUUUGUUACUUUCCCAGUGUUUUGAAUCCAAAAGAGUGAUUAGAAGUUCAUUUACAGGAGUAGAGCAGGUUUACAAAGAAACACACACACAGCCUAAAAUGCAAAGGGAUAAAGGAGUAGACUUGGAGUCUACAGUCUAGUUUUGCCUGCUUUCAUAUUUAAAUCAUAUGCAUUUUAUUUUUAUUCAGCUAGGACCCUGACUGACUCUUUAAACAAGACACAGACUAAAUUAUUUUAAGGCUCGUUUUUCAAGGCAUUAUUUGCUUGACUUCCUGUAAUGUUAAGAAUUGUCCACCUUAAUUUUGCAUCCCCUCCCUUAACAAUGCUGCUAGAAAUUUUGUGAACUGUUAUUUUCCAAGUGAAUUAACACAUUAACUGAAUUUUCCAUGAAGUGUCAAGAUUCAGAAAUUGAAAAACACAUCAAGUUCAGUGCUGCAGUCCAUAGACCCCUAAACUAAAUGGAUAUUUGGCAUAAAUUACACUUGACAUCCUGUCGCCUCCUCUCCAGUUGUUGCCUGCUUCCUGUUUGUGUCUGCUUUAUAUUGCUUUUACUCUUUUAUAGAUGAGGCUAGUUAAGCAUGGAUUGGAAAAGUAUUAUUAAUUAUUAAAAUUCACAAAUCAUCUGCUUUACUGCAUAACAAAACACCCUGAAGGUAAUUUGAUUAAACAGACAGCAAAAUAGGAAAACAACUAUUGCUUCCCAAAUACUUCCCCAUCUGAGCAUACAGUACAUAUGGACUGUAUUAUUUAUUUAAUCUUUAUUAUGUCAGUAUUUAUUUCAACCAACUAUGUUUCUAUAUGUGUCACAUUUUUCUAAAUAAACUGAAUGUUAGCUUGCAGACCUAUUGUUUUUAGUCAUUUCAGUCUGGUCAUUUAGAAAAUAAACUAUGCACUUGCAGUAUACAGGAUCGAAGUAUUUGAAUUCUUUUUGAGAAUUAACAAAAUAGAUAAUUUCAAGCAAUUCAAAUGAGUUUGAAAAUAUAGCUUAUUCUCACUUGUAUCAUACCAGAUUGCAUAGAAUAUUACUACUGCUUUAACCUUCAGUUAAUGUACUGGCUACACAAAAAGCAGCAUAUUCCAGUAAUUCAAAGAUAAUUACUGUAUAGAUGACUUCCUGCUUACAUUCAUGCGUUGCCACAGUAUAAUGUUCCAGCAUAUGUUACUUAUUAGAAGACUGCUGCCAGGCCCUUGGUUUGUCAUGCAUUAUUCAACAUUAUUUAUUGUGAAUUCUUUGCCAUUUACAUUAUGAAAGAGAGGCUGCACACUUGGAUGCCUGCUAUUCAUCCUGUAUCUCUGAGCAAGACCACUCAAUACAUUGUGCAAAAAACGUGUUUCUAACUACCAUGUGGGCACAGGAUGUAAUCUGCCUAAAUGUCAAGAAUGUUGAAUACUUUUUGCCCCUAAACUUACAGAACAAGGUACUUGAGCACUGUGUGGCAAGAAGCACUUUGCAGUUGAAUUACUGGUUUAUUCUAAAACUAAAUGAAACUGCCACACUCACAGACAGCUCUUCUUCCUCUGCAACACGGGGGAGGAGGAGGUAAUUGCUUUAUUAACUUGCUGCACACUGACGUCAAUACUUUAAAGUAGGGUGCUUAUCGGUGCCUUUUUGCCUGAACUCUUCAGGUUUUAAAGUAACUGGCUGAUUUUUGAAAAAUGUACUACAGUGCUUCAUCAGAUUGGUACGCAUAAUAUUAUUUUGUACACAAUCACCAAAUCAUGAAAUUGUUGGGACAUGAUGUAUCAAAAUAAUUGACACAUAUGGAGUUUUAGGAAUAAAACAUGUAGAAGCCUACACAACUGAACAAAUGUGCAGUGACUCAAGGUAUUUCUAUUCAACGUCUUUAGCAAUGCACUCAACAGUUACAGGGCUGGUUUUGUCCUGUUUAGGUUCCUUUUCUUAAAAGAAGGAGGAAUGCUACCACACAUCCAGUAUCUGUUGUGCCGUAUUCUCAAUAAUGACUUUGUUAACAUACUUUUGUCUUGUCGAUCUCACAGACAGCCUCAGAUGCAAGUCAGGAACAAAAUGGUGCUCUCAAAAUUAGGUCACACAUGGCACAGCUAUGCACACUGCCAUACCUCAUACAAGGACAAUUUUGAGAACCCAAUUAAUGCAUACCUCCCAAUGUUUUAUGAUGUGGAAAAAACCUGGUACCCAUAUAAGAUUCCAGAUGAAUAGAGAUUGGGCUGGAUAAUGGGAAUCCUUUAUUAUUUCAAAUAUAUUGAACUAUAGCAGAGUAGCACAGUGGUUCACAUUCAGAACCACCUCAGUCACUAUCUGUACUGUGUGCGUGUUUCUCCGUUAUUGUUGAUUUCCUUUCCUUGGUACUCUGGUUUUACUCCCACGUCCCAAAGGCAAUGUUGAUUGACUGGUGACUCUACAUUGCUUGAGUGUGUGACUACCUGUGCCCUGAUAAGGUUUAGGGUUUGUAACUGUGAAGAAAGGUUAAAGAUCCCUAUAAGACUACUGUGUAAAAAAAAAAAAAAAAAAAAAAAAGAUGUUUAAAUAUUUUUUGUGCAGAAUAUACUUGUGCCAUGAUUUGAUGAACUAUAAUCUAAAUCUCCCAAGUCCACCUAGAGAAUGAAACUGUUCAGUCACAGGGCAAACACUGCUGGGAGAAAUCUGCAAACUCCAAACAGAAAGUGACUUGGCAAGAACUGGAGAGCAGCUCUAACCACAGCACCACCUGGCUGCCCUGAGUUUUCUCACUGAAUCUUAAAAUACAUUUAACAAAAAAAAAUGCACUAACAUCAUCUUAGUUCACCUUCUACACCUGUAUUAUUAUUUUAUUACAAAAUACAACUGAAGUUUAUAGAUAAAGAGUUAAAAGAAAUAUACAUUAGUAUUUUAUAAACAAAACAUUGUAGUAAUAGAUAAUGAGCACUGAAAUUAAUAUAAGUAUAUAUAAAGUCAGGUGACUAAAGCACAAAGCAAAAUUAUAAGUGAUCUUGUGCACUUUUAUUUGUACAGAUUUCAAGUGUCCAAAGAUUUGCAGGCAAAAGAUGUUUUACUGUCUUUUCCAGUGACAGAUGGUAGAGUGUUUGUUCUGCAUUUCUCUCCUCAGACAUGUUGUAUCACUUCAGUAUGGCUGCUCAGUGCAGAUGGAACUGAUGGAAACAUGAGUGGCUUACUGUCAAAAACAACAAAAAAUAUCUCAGAAUUAAAUAUUUUCCCAGAAUGUUAUGAUUUUAAAAGUCUAAGUAAGAGUAAAUAAAUAAAUAUCCCAUGUACAGUAAAAUAUCAAUAAAUGAGUUACUUUUUUAUAAGAAACUAAUAUGGUAUUCAGAAAAAAUAUUGCAUGCUAGUGUUUAAAAUAUAUUGUCUUUUUUCUUGUAUAAUAUGUGUCUUCAUGGAAAACAAACAGAAUAAAGUAUUACCUCUGUAGGUAACAGAUUUACCUUAAAGAAAGUGACUGCAUGAUAAAUUUGUAUUUGUGAAUAAGAGAAACACAAUUAUUAUAAAAAAAUGUGUAUCCUUUGUCUCUUUAUAAAAAAAUAAAUAAAAAUGUAAUAUUCAUUUAAUUA